UCUUACUAUUUUAUCUUUGAAAAUUUCUGUAACCCUAACAUCGAAGAUCGGAGGAGAAGAUAGAGAAAGGGAAUGGAAAUUGAAAGCUGCAAUUGAGUUGCCACCAACACAACUUCGCAUGGCCUCUGUUUGGACACUGCAAUUUCGCUCGCUUUCUCUUCGCCCUUGUUCCUUCAUCAGUAGCACUAGCAAUGGCAGUAUCAUCACUACUAGAAAUCGCAUUGUUAUCAGAAACGGGAUCUCCAAAUGGCGCUCUCGCACCCAACAACUCAAACACGACUCCAUCAAUUCCAUUUCCAAAUUUUACCAUCAACUCGUUAAUUCCGUCACCAUCCCCUCCUUCCUGCUGAAUCGAAGCGGUGGAAGCAAUUUUCCGAUCUGGGUAUGUGUUGCGCUCGUGGUUUUGGUUGGAGUAUUUAGGGUCGUGUCCAGAAAAAAGGAGCGUCCAGGUUCCGUGGCUGAUCUUGUGAGACGUGGACAACUGAAAUCUGAUAGAAGAGGCAUAUCAAGGCCUCUCAAGUACGAAGACCCGUUCAAUAAUCCUUUUGUCAAGGUUGGCAAAAGCAACUCAACGGUUGAGAUGUGUGGUAAGGUUUAUCGCUUAGCCCCUGUCACACUUACCGAAGAGCAGCAGGCCACUCACCAGAGGAGGAGGUCGCGUGCCUAUCAGUGGAAGCGACCCACCAUUUUCCUUAGAGAAGGGGACUCUGUGCCUCCGGAUGUUGAUCCUGAUACUGUCCGGUGGAUUCCGGCUAAUCAUCCUUUUGCUACCACUGCUACUGAUCUGGAUGAAGACUUGGCACAGAACAAUGUGUAUCAAAAGCACGGAGUUCCUUUCCGGAUUCAAGCCGAACAUGAAGCCCUGCAGAAAAAGCUCGAAGCCCUACAGAAUGACCAGAAACUCAAUAAACUAGCGAUAGAUCCUAUCAAUGCUAAAGAAUUUGAGAGGCCAUUCAACUCCCACGCCAGAUUAAAUGAACAAGCAGAGAAGAGCACUGUAAACAAUCAGGAGCAGAAAAUCAAUAAACUAGUGAUAGAUCCUAUCAAUGCUAAAGAAAUUGAAAGACCGUUCAACUCCCACACCAGAUUAAAUGAUCAAGCAGAGAAGAGCUCUGUAGACAAUCAAGUGAGUGAUCCUGACUCACCUAAUAUAGACAGUGACCUAAAUCACUUUGAAAGUACAUCAUCCGAAGAUCCAACUCUUUAGGUUCUUUGCACACAACUUUUACCCAUGUUGAUCCAACUUAAAAGUGCUAUGAGGCGGGCUAUAGAUCUCCGAUAGCACUAAAAUUAUGGAUUUGAAUUUACCCAAAUUUUUUGUACUAUUCGUUUUGGAGUCUUUAGAGCUGUCUAAUUGUAUAGAUGAGGACUGUAAAUAUAAUUUGGUUGCUGCAUUAGCUUAUUUGGAGUAUAAAAAUAUAAUUUGGUUGCUGCA